GUCCGCCUCCCCCCUCCCCUCCCCUUCCCCUCCCCCCUUCUUCCCUGACUCGACGCCAUCCUGUCCCCCUCCUCACCGCCCCGCCCCGCCCCGCCCCGCCCCGCCUCGUUCCCCGCACCCCAAACCCUAACCCUAGACGAGCCCGCCGCCCACCAUGGCCAGCAGUAACGUCUCCACGGUCUACAUCUCCGUCAUCGACGACGUCAUCUCCAAGGUCCGCGAGGACUUCAUCUCGUACGGCGUCGGCGACGCCGUCCUCAACGAGCUCCAGGCGCUCUGGGAGAUGAAGAUGCUGCACUGCGGCGCAAUCUCCGGGAACAUCGACCGCUCCAAGGCGGCCCCCGCGGCGUCCGCAGGAACGCCCGCCGCUGGAGGGACCCCGCCAGUGCACGACCUUAACGUGCCCUACGAGGCAACCUCCGAGGAGUACGCCACCCCCACGGCGGACAUGCUGUUCCCACCGACGCCUCUACAGACCCCGAUCCAGACACCUCUUCCAGGAACUGAUACAGGGAUGUACAACAUUCCCACUGGGCCUUCAGACUAUGCCCCAUCCCCGAUUAGUGAUGUGAGAAAUGGGAUGGCCAUGAAUGGGGCUGAUCCAAAGACUGGUCGCCCGAGUCCCUACAUGCCACCACCCUCUCCCUGGAUGACUCAGAGACCUCUGGGUGUUGAUGUGAAUGUUGCUUAUGUAGAGAAUCGUGAGGACCCAGAUAGGACAGGACAGCCGUCGCAACUAACUAAGGAUUUUCUAAUGAUGUCCUCUGGAAAACGCAAGAGGGAUGAAUAUCCUGGUCAGCUCCCUUCUGGUUCUUUUGUGCCACAACAAGAUGGAAGUGCAGAUCAGAUAGUAGAAUUUGCUGUAUCAAAGAACAAUGCACAACAACUUUGGAGUUCCAUCGUGAACAAGAAAGGAACAGCAGCUAAGGGAUCUUCCACAAAAGAAACAACAAUGGCUCCAAUUAUUCCUCAACGGGAUGGGAUGGAUGACUAUAAUGAUCCAUUUUACUUCCAAGGAGUUCCAACUGAAGAUUAUAAUACCCCUGGAGAAUCUUCGGAAUAUCGAGCUCCCACACCGGCUGUUGGAACGCCAAAACCGAGAAAUGAUGCCGGAGAUGAUGAUGAACCUCCUCUUAAUGAAGAUGACGAUGAUGACGACGAGUUAGAUGACCUUGAGCAAGGGGAGGACGAGCCUAACACACAGCACCUUGUCCUUGCGCAAUUUGACAAAGUGACAAGGACAAAGAACCGCUGGAAAUGCACUUUGAAGGAUGGAAUUAUGCAUUUGAAUGGCCGUGAUGUUCUAUUUAACAAGGCUACAGGCGAGUUUGAUUUUUGAAUUUUGUGACAAAGAGGAGCUAUUUUAGAAGCUGCUGUAUCGACAUAUCUUUGUCUUUGACAUAAGAGUGAGGAGUGACAAGCGCUGGUGGGGUGAGUUUGUUCCCGUAGAGGCUUGCUCCACCCAGCGUGUCUGUUACCGUAACUGUUAUCGCUGUAAAAAUGCUACAGUUCGGACUGUUGUAGACAUUUUCCUGAGAUGGUAUCUUAAAGUUGGCGGAGGAUUUACCUUAUCUGAUUUAUGUUCUCUCUUUUCACUUCCUGUAAGAUGGAUCAAAGAAGAUUUAGUUUGCAGUAAAUGUUCUGUUACCGCAA